CAUAAGUCUGGACAACAGACUUUUGCUUCUGCCACUAAUGCCGAGAUUGUAAGUCUGUCUGAACAGUUAUUUUCCGGAGAUGCAAACAGAGCUGUGAGCAGUGACAUAACAUUGAAUGUGCAGUACAAGGCAUCCAGUACCCAGACCAGCUCAGGAACAGACUUUGCCAGCCAAAAGCUUUUCAGCUAUGUGAAUGAGGCUAAACUGUUUGCCCGUCCAACCUUUUCUCGCCUAAUCUCUCUGCUUGACAACUAUGUGAAGACCACAGGGACAGCAGAGUCAGUGACCAGCGGUGAAAUCACUGAACAAAAUGCUUUCGUAGAUGAGAUCUUCAGGACCACCGUCUUCAGCCGACUGUCAAGCUUCUUGAUUUCCAAAGGUUAUUACACUUCUACUGAAAGCUUUAAGACUGACUUCAAGGAGAUGUGGUUUGGACUGUACACCCGCACCAAAGGACCAAUGGAUUCAUCAGGCUUUGAGCACGCCUUCCUUGGACAACAGACUUUUGCUUCUGCCACUAAUGCCGAGAUUGUAAGUCUGUCUGAGCAGUUAUUUUCCGGAGAUGCAAACAGAGCUGUGAGCAGUGACAUAACAUUGAAUGUGCAGUACAAGGCAUCCAGUACCCAGACCAGCUCAGGAACAGACUUUGCCAGCCAAAAGCUUUUCAGCUAUGUGAAUGAGGCUAAACUGUUUGCCCGUCCAACCUUUUCUCGCCUAAUCUCUCUGCUUGACAACUAUGUGAAGACCACAGGGACAGCAGAGUCAGUGACCAGCGGUGAAAUCACUGAACAAAAUGCUUUCGUAGAUGAGAUCUUCAGGACCACCGUCUUCAGCCGACUGUCAAGCUUCUUGAUUUCCAAAGGUUAUUACACUUCUACUGAAAGCUUUAAGACUGACUUCAAGGAGAUGUGGUUUGGACUGUACACCCGCACCAAAUGACCAAUGGAUUCAUCAGGCUUUGAGCACGCCUUCCUUGGUGAAAUCCACGGUGGGAAAAUAUCUGGAUUCCACAGUUGGGUCCAGUUCUACCUGCUUGAAAAAAAAGGAGAGCUCAA